UAAAAAUUAAAUUAAUGUCUCUCUCUUCACAUUGUUGGGAAUGGGAAAAUGUGGUGCUAAAGUCAAAUUCAACAGCUCUCUGUCUCUCACUACCUUUCGCCAGAUACGCUCCACUAUUCAGUGUUUGACAGUACCACUUUCCACAAGCUCAAUCAUCAAAAGCAAUGGCAGACAAGCACACUGACAAUGAUACUAAGGAGCUUCAACCACUCCUUGUGUUUGGUCCUCCAUUAUUGUUCCCAAAUUUUGAGGCUCAAAAUCUUCACAACUACCAUUUUCUCAAAGCUUUCUCCUCAAAACUUCCUCUCCACCAAUUCCUCGCCAAGCAUAAUGUUGAGCCUUCAUCCAUUCAAGCCAUACUCUGCAACCCUUUCCAGAAGGUCUCUGCAGAGGUCAUCCGGCUCCUCCCAUCACUCAGCAUCAUUGUGACCACCAGUGCUGGAACUGACCACAUAGACUUGGCUGAGUGCAGCCACCGUGGUAUUCAGGUUGUCUCUGCUGCAGUAGAUCACGCUGAGGAUGUUGCUGACAUGACUGUGGGGUUGUUGAUUGAUAUCAUGUGGAAAAUUUCUGCCGCUGAUCGAUUUGUUAGGAAAUGGGGUCAUUCUAUGCCCUUGAAUCUUUCUUUUGGAUCCAAGCUAGAAGGCAAGCGAGUAGGGAUUGUUGGAUUGGGAAAAAUUGGUGGAGAAGUUGCUAAAAGGCUUGAGGUCUUUGGUUGCACAAUUAUGUACAAUUCAAGGAACCAGAAGCCCUUUGUGUCCUACCCUUUUUAUUCUAAUGUUGUUGAGCUUGCUGCUAAUAGUGACAUCUUUGUGGUUUCUUGCUCAUUAAAUGAGAAAACAAGGCACAUAGUGAACAGGGAAGUGAUGUUGGCGUUGGGGAAAGAUGGGAUUAUUGUAAACAUUGGACGUGGAGCUCUAAUUGAUGAGAAGGAAUUGGUGCGGUGUUUGAUGGAAGGGGAGAUAGGUGGUGCUGGCUUGGAUGUGUUUGAGAACGAACCUAAUGUUCCCAAAGAGCUCCUUCAAUUGGAUAAUGUUGUCCUCUCCCCACAUGCUGCUUCAAUGACUUCAAAUGCUUUAGAUAUUAUGCGUGAACGUGUGUCAGAGUGUCUAGAAGCAUUCUUUUCUAGUAAACUAGUGAGAACUCCAGUCUUGGAUGACUAAAUUCACGCCAAGGGACAUGUUUAUCAUCCUCUUUUCUUUCUCUCUCUCUGUUUGUUUGAGUGGUGUGAUGGACAUCCUCUUUUCUUUGUUUGAAUGUUUGACUGCUGGAAACUUUUGUAUUUCUAUAAGUUAAAUAUUCUUUUAUGCUA